AUGAGUACAAACGGAUUUUCUCGCGAACCUUUCGAAGAGAGUGGGCUUUCCCUUUAUGAGGCGAUUAUUGAUCAAGGCGACACUUUGGACAGGGUCGCCUCAGAUUGGGUAAACAUGUAUAAAGAAGAAACCGAUAAUCAUACCAACUCACUAUUGUCGUUGAUUAAUUUUAUCAUUCGGUCUUGUGGAUGUUCUGAAAUUAUAGCGAGGGAGGGCUUUGAAGAUGAUGAUGCCAUACCUCAAGUCCUGGAAGAGUUACAAGAUGCUUUCAAAAAAGAACUUGUGGCUGAUUAUCCAUUAAUUUCAAAAUCCAGAGAAUUCAGAAAAUUUAAAAAGAAUUUUUUAACGUUUUUUAGACAGCUUAUAGACCAUGUAAAACAUGAUGUAUUAUAUGACGGUGUAUUUUUUGAAACCAUUCAAAUAUGGGUAGUUCCUAUGUCAAGACAUACAGCAACUAUCAUUGCUCUUCAUCUUUUUAGCUGUCUUUGUGAACUUGCUCAAGAAGUUCAUAAUUCGUGGACCAUUGCAUCUCGUCAGUUGAGUGUUGAGAAAAGAACCAAGUCACCUCGAAAUUCUAAAAAUAUGGACAGAAUUAAUGAGUUACAGUCAAAAACUCAGGAUUUGGAUAAAAAAAAAAGACAAUUAGAUGUGUAUUUUGAGGAUCUUUUCGACAGUGUAUUUGUUCACCGUUAUCGAGAUGUUGAAGCAAUAAUUCGAGCAGAAUGUAUAAAAGAGUUAGGCAUAUGGGUCUCUAAGUAUCCUAGUCGAUUUCUGGAUGAUACAAAUAUAAGAUAUUUAGGCUGGCAGUUGUCUGAUAAGUCCCCAAUAGUGCGGUCAGAGUCACUAAAAGUCUUAGAACUACUUUAUAUUAAUGAAAAAUUUGUAAACGGUUUGCGGAAUUUUACUUCACGGUUCAAACCUAGAUUGUUAGAAAUGGCUCUAAGGGAAAUAGAUAUGAACGUUCGCAUAGCCAGCAUUCAAAUGCUCACUAUAAUUCAUAAAGUUAAAAUGCUGGAUACUGAAGAUUGUGAUCAGUUGUCACUUCUCAUAUAUUGUGAUAUAACAAGAAUAAGAAAAGCAAUCGCACCUUUCGUGAAAGAGACUCUCGAGGUCGAUUUUAUACGGGAAAAAAUGUUAAAAGUUCAAACUUUCUUAGCAACUAAUGGUGGUACUAAACGAAAACGUGUAAAUGGUAGUGGUAAUGCGAUGUAUACUGCAAAAAAAGAAUGGGUUGAGUUCAAAUGUUUGGCGGAAUUUUUGGUUAAGUACGCCAAAAAUAGUAGAAUAAGUUUGGCCAUUCAAGAUCUUUGGACAGAACUGGAUCUUUUACACCAAUGGCAAAAAUUAGCAGACUAUCUUUCUAAAGAUCAUUCUUUAAUAAACCAAAGUCGAACACCCAAGGGUGGUGGUAUUAGCGCUGAUACUAUUGAAGAGUGUUAUCGUCUAAGCGAACAGGAAGAAUCCGUGUUAAUACAAGUUUUUGUCAAAUGUUUGCAAUUGAUUCUUUCAGACAAUGCAUAUAAAGACAAAAAAAAGGUGGAAAAUCAUAUCGAUGAAACGCGUGACGAAAUUUCAAGGAAUAUGGUGACAAUUUUACCAAAACUUUUGACAAAAUAUGCACCUGAUGCGGGUCGAAUAGCUGAGGUGCUACGGAUACCUUUAUUGAUGAAUAUGGACGUAUAUUCCGAUCUGCGAAUUCACAAGGCCUAUGAGGUACUUGUUGACGAUAUAGUGAAACUUUAUCUCAAACACACACAUCCAGUUGUUCUUUCUCAUGCUGCCGCAACAUUUCAACAUAUGAAACAAUAUAAAAAUUUCGCAUCAAUGACAGAGACAAGACUUGGUGAAUUACAGGAAGAAGUAAUCAAGACAUUCCUUGGUGAAUGUGAAAAUAAGACUAAGGAGAUAUCGACGAUGGAUCUUACUAGCGAUCAAAUCCAUUCACUUUGUGUAGCGCUGAGUCGCUUAGAGCAAUUAAUUACAGUUGUGAAUUUUGUUGAUGCUGUAGAAAUAUGCGAUGAGAAUAACCAGAACGUUUAUAAUUGCAUUAUACGGUUAGUCAGAAGAGGAUUGCUGGGAAAUGUAGAAGAAGAAAAGAUCGUGUUAUCGACAAUUAAUUUUCUUUGGUACUAUAUCUUAUGGAAAGUCGCAAACAUUUCUCCAAGCGAAGCAGUUGUAGAAGAUAUAUCCCUCGAUGUAUUAAACGAUCUAAUCGGCAAAAGAGAUCAAAUUCGACAGACAUUAUGUGAAGUUGGUAUAUCAUAUGGAUCUCAAGCAUUACCUUGUGUUAAAUCAACGGCAUUCAGAACGAUCGGUAACAUAUAUUGGCUAUUUGCAAGCGAUAUAUUUCACCAUUCGAACGCGAGAAACGUAGAGAUGUUUAUUAAUCCUGAAGAAAAAAUUCGAAUUAUGGACAUUAUUGGUACCCUCCUUCGGGGUGUCAGAGGCGGCUGGCUUAACGUCUCGCACGCAGCAGUUGUUAUUUGUAAUUACGGAACCAUUGGGUGUGAUCUUGAUGAUGUGAUCAAAAAACUUCUACUAGAAUUUAAAGAGAGAAUAUCAUCAGGCGAUGAUGCCAAAUUAUUCGCAUCCGUUUGUAUGAAAACACUGAGAAAGUCUCAGUUUUUAUACGUGGAUGGGAAAGUUAGAACAAUGAAUGCAACUAUGUCGCUUGUUCGCAUAUGUGCUAAUACACUACAGUUGCGAGAUACUUCAGAUAAAUCAUCCCAUAAAGAUAUGGACCAUGUUGUAGAGCUACAUCGCUCUGGGAUUCAGCAUAUUUGUUCAUUGAUAAAUGCAUAUCAGAUUAUAAACGAUGCUGAGGGUAAAGAAUGCCUUGAAAAAUCUAUUCAGUUCUUUAGGAUUCUGUCUAGGUUAUUUGGCGGAAUAGCUUGUAAUGAUGCGCAAAAAAUUGAGUCUAUCCUUAAAGAAGAAUUCGAAAAGAAUAAAAUACAAGUAGUCGAAUCAGAGAAGUUAUGGGAACCUUAUUGUUUAUACAUACAAAAGAUAAAUAAUAUUUUGGCCAAAGGUGGCGCCAGAAAAGAACAACCGGUUAGCGAGUCAAGUAAAAAACGCACCGUAAAUAAUAAAAAGAGGCGACGAACGUCAGAUAGUCGACGUAAUACAAAGGAUUAUCAUGUUGAUUCAAAUUCCGAAAACCAAGAAAAUAACGAAGGGUUUGCAACUUUAACUGUCUGUAAGCCGAGGAGUAGUAAUAUUACACAGUCAUUUGGUGAUGAGGAUGUCAAUAAUUCUUAUGCUAACAGUGAGAGUUCGUCGCCUAGUUUGAAGAGGUCAACACCCAUUAAUGACAUUGAAAUAACGAAAUCACCUGCAAAAAAGAGAAAAUCUCAACCUAAGAAAAGAACAAUUGUAGAAAUGGAAGAGGCUAGUAAUGAAGAAAAGCCAGAAAACGAUGGAUCAGAUAGCGAUGGAAGUUAUCAAAGCUUAUCUGAUGUAAGAACAACAAGGAGAAGGUCGAGACGAUGA